AUGCAUGGCCCCUAUGUCGGCACGCACCGGGCCUCGCCAGACGACGAGGAUGUUGCAGUGGAGAUGUCAAUAAUAAGAACGCGAACAAAUGGCCCCAAACCCAAGGCUACCGCAGUGGACAUGAUGAAGGCUUUGAUCCCCGCAGCCAUUAUGAUCCUUGGUAUCUUUUGGAUCAACGCAUCCCACAUCUUUGGUCUCUUCCAUAAUCAAGGCGAAUACGUCAAGCGGGCGAAAGUUGCCCUUGCUGACUUCGAUGGUGGUGACUUCGGUACAGCACUGCGAAUUGCGGCAGCGGCGAACAAUCAAUCCUACGAGUUCCCAACCUAUAUCAACGUCAAUACCUCGUCAACAUCUCCAGAUCAGAUCAGGCAGGAUGUCUUCGAUGGGAAGUACUGGGCCGCGAUUGUCGUCCAACCGGGAGCAACGGCUCGAUUCGACGAAGCUGUCAACGGUACCACCUCUUCAUACGAUCCUAGCGAUGUCUACACCUACUAUCUGCUGACAGCCAGAUACUACACGUUGUAUGCCGGUGGCAUACAGUCAUCAACCAUCACUACGGCAAGCGCAGCCGCCGGAAUAUUCAGCGCACAAUUUAUCGGACCCAAACUUGGCAGCGGGGAAUUCGCAAACACAACCGUAUCCCUGAGCGCGCUGACGACUCCAGCACGAGCUGUCGGUGCCAGUGCAUCGAUCCACAAUUUCAGCGACAUGGACGAUAAAGCCUUCCUCAACACCAUUGGGGCCGUCUUCCCAAUCCUGAUGCAAUUUUUCUUCAUCAUGGCUUGGAACGGUAUUUGCAACGGUAUGCAUCUCUACGCCGCCUACGAUGUCAAAACGCAUAUCUACGCCCGGCUCUUCUGGAGUAUCUUCUGGCCUCUCAUUUGUGGUCUCUGCUCCACAGGCUGGAUGUACGCAUUCCGCGGCUCCUACCCCUUGGACGCAAAGAUGUUUUUCGCAACCUGGGCUGUCACUUGGGUGUUUGCCAUGAUCAGCUUCGAUGUCUUGGACGUUAUCACUGGCUACGUGCCCAUUGCGUUUGUCACGUUUUGUUUCCUAACUUGGGUUGUUUUCAACGUCGCUGCUGCCAUCGGUGCACCUGACCUCCUCAACAACUGGCUGGCUUAUCUUGAUGAAGGCUUUGUCACCGUUUGCAACCAGGUACCGGAUCAACAAGGCGAAGCAUGUGUUCCGGUACUUGCACGAGAAGGAUGCCCUCGAUGCUCCACACUAAGUUUCUUUUGUAUGCGUUUUUUCUUCCUAUUUGAGAGCGUUCUGGUGUGCGGUUUGGGAGAAUAUAGAUAGAUUAUAGACCAUUUCCAACUUUUGGUAGUAUCCCCGAUAUAUUUUCACCUGUCGAUCGAAGGAGAAAGGUUCGCAAUAGAACUAUAUAAUAUUAAGAUAUUUGCAAAAGGGAAAAAAUAAGAGGCAUUUAGGGAAGGAAUAAUUAGGACACUGCUAUUAUCUGUAGUGUUAACAUUAAUAUAAUUAAUUAAUGGCGACUUUAGCACCAGUCUCCGGGGAAUAGGAUAUCUCGAAAAAUAUCACUGGGGCGUUCACUAUCAGCACCGGCAUGC